AUGGAGUCGAAGGAUAGAAACUCGGCGGCAGGUAAGUGUUACCUCAGCUGAUGUAAAUGAAUACCUUGGUAACGCAAUGGGGUCCCACUUUACAUCAAGUGGCACUAUAAUCUAUGUAUUUACAUGGUUAUUACAUAGGCAGGUACAGUGCAAUUACAUUGCAGGUACACAUUGUUAAUAGUACUUACAACUCUUAUACCCAUGUGAGCUUUGCACAAUUUCAAGGAUUUGCAAAUGAAAUCACAAUGGAGGUAAAUGUGUAAUCUAGAACAACAGUUCUAGACUAGGGUGAGAUGAGGCAAAAUAAAAUACAAUGUUGCAGGUGUUAUCACAGGUGUAGCGAAAUGCUUAUGUUCCUAGCUCCAACAGUGCAGUAAUACCUAACAAUACAAAACAAUACAGGCAAAUCCCAUAAAUGUAAAGAAAGGAAUUAAGAAAUAUGGAAAUAUUAGAACGAGCAAUGUCAGAGUCCAGAAUAGAAAUAUAUAUGUAUAUGAUGGUGUGUAUAGACAUUAUGGACAGUAUAUGAAUAGAAAAUGUGUGUACAGCAGUAGUUAUAUAGGAUGAGCCUUGACUAGAAUACAGUAUAUACAUAUGAAGUAGGUAAAACAGUAUAUAAACAUUACUAAAGUGACCAGUGUUCCAUGACUAUGUACAUAGGGCAGCAUUCUCUAAGGUGCAGGGUUGAGUACCGGGUGGUAGCCGGCUAGUAAUAGUGACUAAACUUCAGGGCAGGGUACUGGGCAGAGGCCUAUGUAACCAUCAUGUAAAUGCACAGGUUGUAGCACCACUUCAUGUACAAUGGGACCAGAGGGGUAUAUUAUGGUGAUGUUGGAGGUAAGAAGAGGGUAGGAAGAGUGAUACUGUAUAAGAUUGAUUGUAUAGCCCUAAAUGGUUGAUUGAUUAAUUGAUUGAUUGAUUAAUUGAUUGAUUGAUUUGCGACAAUGAACACAGAAUGUACUGUGGAACUUUGCUUUGUUCCUGUAUGUGGUGUUGUUGCUGCUGUGUUGCUGCGCUUUGAUUAUGUAUAUUGUGUUGUGUGUGUGCGUGCGUCCGUGUGUCCGUGCGUCCGUGUGUGUUCAAGCCUUUGUAUUCUGAUAUGCUGUAUCUGAUGCGGUGUGUGUGUGUGUUCUGUCUCAAUGUGUGUUGUGUAUUCUGAUAUGCUGUAUCUGAUGCAGUGUGUGUGUGUGUUCUGUCUCAGUGUGUGUUGUGUAUUCUGAUAUGCUGUAUCUGAUGCGGUGUGUGGGUUCUGUCUCAGUGAGUGUGUUGUGUGUUCCGCGCUAGCCCUGUCUAUGCUGAUUAUGUGGGGGAGAGAGCGGUGUCAUGGUCAUGAAUAUGGAGCACAUUGAGAUUCUCAGAGUGUAAUUUGUUGUGUUCACCAUCAAUUCCUUCCUGUUAAGACGAGUCAGCAGUGUCGUCCAACCCCCCCUUCCAAGGACACCUCAUAGACCCAUUUAUACACCUCCUCUCUCUACCUCUUUCUCUCUCUCUGCCUCUUUCUCUCUCUCUCUCUCUGCCUCUGCCUCUUUCUCUCUCUCUGCCUCUUUCUCUCUCUCUGCCUCUUUCUCUCUCUCUGCCUCUUUCUCUCUCUGCCUCUUUCUCUCUCUGCCUCUCUCUCUCUGCCUCUUUCUCUCUCUCUCUUUCUCUUUCUGCCUCUUUCUCUCGCUCUCUCUUUCACUCUCUCUGCAUCUCUUUUUCCUGUCCAUCCCUUCAUUCUCUCUCUCCUCCCUCUCCCUCAACUCCCCUCGCUCCUCUUUCUCCCUCUUUCUUUCUAUCUCUCCUCUUCCUCUCUUGUCUCUACUGCACUUCUUCUCCUUCUUCCUCCCUUCACCUUUCUCAACCCUUCUCUCUUUCUCACUUUUCUUCCUCCUUGUCCCACCUCUACUUCUCAUCCCUCCGCUCUCUCUCUCUCCACCUCCUCUGCCCUCCUCUCUAGGGAUGGUUUGUGAGAAGGGGAUCCAGAUCCUCCUCACCACCGUGGGGGCCUUUGCAGCCUUCUGCCUGAUGACGGUUUCUAUAGGGACGGACUAUUGGCUGUACUCCCGUGCCUCCAUCUGCAACAGCACCCGCAACCACUCGGACGACCCUCACAACAAGGACAAGAAGGACCCCGGAGCCCUCACCCACUCUGGCCUCUGGAGGAUCUGCUGCCUGGAAGGUAGGCUACUGAAAUGCUACCGAGACGCCAUCUUGGAUCUGUGGGUGGAGUGGGAGAAGAUGGAUAGAGGGUAGACGGAGACAUGUGUGGAUCUGAGUAUCUGUGUGUGUGUGUGUGUGUGAUGUUGGAGGGGAUGAGUUAGACCUGGUUCGAUUUUAGCCUUUUUUCCUAAUGUCCAUUCUAGAUUUAAAGGUGCACUAUGCAGAAAUCGCUCCGCUAUUUCCUGGUUGCUAAAAUUUUAAUAGUUCACCUCAUUUCAGUUUAUGUGACAAAACAAGCAAGUAUAGUGUAGAGAAUCAUUGUACCAUCUAAACCGCUGUGAAAUAUAUUUUCCAUAACCAAAAAAUAUUGUAUUUUCAGCUGUUUGAAGCUGGUGUACAAAACCGAAAGUAAAAGACUCAAAAAUGAAACUUAAGAACGGAGAGCAUAGAAAUAGCACACAUAGAACAGAUAUACCACUUCUUAGACUUGCUUUCAAUGAGAAUGACAUAUCUAUAACUCAAAUUUCUAUGUGAAUUUGGUCGGGUCACCAAAAAAGUUACAUAUUGCAGCUUUACAGAAAUUACAUACCAUAAAUACUAUGGAUAAUAUAUUGAAUGUAAUAGUAAUAGUUGGUAAUAGUUGGUAAUAGCUGGCAUGAUUAAAGUAAGGACUGUGGCCAUUUUGGAUCUGAUGCAAUACCAGUGCAGACCUCAUGUCUGUGUCCUAAUGCUCUACCUGCAGUGUUGCUGUCUUGUGAGAUGGAAAGGAAUAAGGACUGAAGGGAAUGGAGGUUCCAUUACAGUGAAGCUCAGAGAUGAUUUUGUGCAGUCGUUUUCAUGUCAGAUGAGAGUGAAUGGAUGGUAUGGUUACCAUAAAUGUCAGUGGAAUUAUGUAGUCAGCAGUGCUGCCUUAAAGGUCAUUAUAAUGUGAAGCAAUGCAUAUGCUGAGUUUAUGAGCUCCUUGGAAAAUCUGAAACUUGGACAAAUCUGACAUGGAAAUGCUGGAAGCAUCUUUUUUUUUAACCCUUUCCUAGGCUUUCCCAGUGAACUGAUGUUUGUGUUUACAGAUUUACAAGGAGCAUAUGAACAACACAGCAUUAGAGUGGGUUCACAUUAAGUUAAAGGGAAGAGGUCUGGACUGUAGUACACUAUAGACACUUUAUCUAUGAAUACUGCAUGUUUGUGGAGAUUGUUAUUUCUACCCUUCAAAUGAAUUUGUCAUAAGGAUACCACUUCAUUCCUGAACUAAGGAUGACUUCAGUGGUGAAGUCGGUAACAGGAGCAAAUGGUCUAGCUGUACUUUAUACGAUGGUUGGAUUCCUGAUUUUCCAUUGUGUCAGCAGAUCAGGAACUUGUCUUUGAAAUCACCUGAAAAGAACCCCUCUCAUCUCAGCCCAUUCCUUCAAUCACUGUCUGUACUUUAUAACCGACCUGACACGCUAUCACCCACUAUCACUGUGCUCACCAACCAUGUGUUGGAAAGCUACUAUGGGUACAGGUUGUGUUCAAGCCUCGCCUGAUUCAACUAGAUCCAUCAAGCCUUUGAUAAGCUGAAUCAGGUGCAUUACAGCUGGCCCUACACACACACUGCAGACCCGGUUGCCCAACCCUGCAUUAGCCCAGUGAUUUAGCUGACGGGUUCUCUGAAAAUGACAGUAGCCAUCACGCCAUCUCCACUCAGUCACUGCGGCACAAGCAGCUAAUUUAUAAUACAUUAAACUGCUGCUCUGACAUACAGGCUUCAGAAGGAGGAAGACAGGACAGGACUGGAUAGGACAGUAGUUGAAGCUGAAUGAAUGGUGUUAGCUAGCUGCCGUAUGUUUGUAGUCCUGUCACUACUCCUCUGUAAGGCAUGCAGGGUAAGUCCCAUCCUUGGCCUGGUCAUUGUGCAAAGCUCAUUUGUCCUCAUCUCUAAGCUUCCUGAUAACAAAGCAGCCAAUUAGAGAUAAGCCCCAGCCCUCGCAGCAUUGCUGCAGUGCCCCCCCCCCUCUCUCUCUCUCGCUCGCUCUCUUGCUCUCACUCUCUCUCUGCGCUCUCUCUCUCUCUCUCUGCUCUCUCUCUUUACUCUCUCUGCCCUCUCUCUCUCCCUCCCUCUCUCUGCUCUCUCUCUUCUCACUCUCUCCCUCUGUCAUCUCUCUCUGCCUCUCUCUCUCUGCCCCUCUCUCUCUCUCUCUCUCUCUCUCGCUCGCUCGCUCUCACACUCUCUCUGCCUCUCUCGCUCUCUCUGCCCCCUCUCUCUCUCUCUCUGCCUCUCUCUUUCACACACUCUCACUGCCUCUCUCUUUCUCUGCCUCUCUCUCUGCUCUCUCCCUCUUUACUCUCUCUGCCCUCCCCGCUCUCUGUCUCUCUCUCUCUUUCUUUUUUUCUCUCUCUCCCUCUCUCUCUCUCUCUCUCUCUCUCUCUCUCUCUCUCUCUCUCUCUCUCUCUCUCUCUCUCUCUCUCUCUCUCUCUCUCUCUCCUCUCUUUCUCUCUGCGCUGCAGUGGAGCCUUCAGUUCUUUGGUAUGGCUUAGAGGUCAAGUAUCCUUGAUGUCCGUAGAGUAUUGAGCCAAGAUGGGUGCUCAGAAGCCGUGCAGUGAUGCAGUGAAGUGUAGGUGCAGUGGAAACAGAGGACAUAUUGGCUCUAAAAGAUUUAAGCCUGCGGGUGGGUGGCACACAUUGCUGUGUUAGGGGCUGAAGAAGUGAGUGGAUGGAGUAUUCUCUGAUUCGGCAGGUUGAGAGGAUUCCUGAUAUUUUAUUUAUUUACAUUUUGACCUUUUUUUAACUAGGCAAAAUACCAGUAGGUCAGUACAGUCUCUCCCUUAGCUUUUAGUCAAAGGUCCCUAACAUCACAUUGUGGGCUGCAAACACUAAAAUAUUCAACUGAAACCAAAGGAGGGCAAGAGUUUUAUGUGAGUGGCAUCAGACAAGCCACCCAUCAACAGCAGUGGUAUGAGUGUUGAUGCUUUAGAUUUGAUGUUGUUGUGAUGAUGGUUCAAAUAGAGAGCACUGUUCCUUGGGGCAGUACUUAGAGGCAGACUCUCUUGCUCAUGUAGGUCAGUUUCACCCUCCAGUACAUUUCUUACAGAGUUUCCAGGUAAGUGAAUGGAAGUGAGUGAAACUCAGGUCAUUUUGGCUCUAGCCAGCUGUUUGAGGAGUAGCAAGUACAGCUGUACAGUAAUUGCCCCCUAGACACUGGUUCUCACACCUAAUGGUUAUGGUUAAGAUUGGGAGAGAGGGUUAACUGAUCCUAGAUCUGUGUCAAUGGGGAACUACUUCCUGGUUUAGAGCCAAAAUGGCGUCUAUCAGGGGGUUUAGCUGACACCCUUCCCUUCUGUGCCCCCAUCUCUUUACAGACGACAACCAUGGAAAUAAAAGAACUAUGAGAAAGAGACAAGCUCACCCCACAUCUGUCCGUCUCUCCCUCCUCCAUCUGUGUCUCAUCAUUCCAUCACUCCAACUCUCUCACAAUCCAUCCAUCAGCCAGCACCAGUCGUGUGCUGUCAUCACCGUGCAUCCGUUCGUCCAUCUGUCUGUCUGCAAUAGAGCCACAAGACCCCAGCGGGUAGCUAUCUGUCUGCCUGUCUGCCUGUAUGGAUGGCUCUCUGUGUUGGGGUGUGUGUGGGUGUGAGUUAGUGUGUUCAUUCAGUUACUGCAUGCUCUUAUUCAGAAAGGACCACAGUGAAGUGCUCCUAAAAAGUGACUAUUUUAAAGUGAAUAUUGGUAGCUGUGGUUCACUCUAAAUAAAACCUUUCUUAUUAGAACUAUACAUACAUAUAUUCUAUUACCCUAUCUACAUUCAAUUAGUAUUUUUCUAUCCAGCACCUGAUAAGAAAUAAUGUAUGUACACUACCGGUCAAAAGUUAUAGAACACCUACUCAUUCAAGGGUUUUUCUUUAUUUUUACUAUUUUCUACAUUGUAGAAUAAUAGUGAAGACAUCAAAACUAUGAAAUAACACAUAUGGAAUCAUGUAGUAACCAAAAAAGUGUUAACCAAAUCAAAAUAUUUUUUAUAUUUGAGAUUCUUCAAAUAGCCACUCUUUGCCUUGAUGAAAGCUUUGCACACUCUUGGCAUUAUCUCAACCAGCUUCACCUGGAAUGCUUUUCCAACAGUCUUGAAGGAGUUCCCACAUAUGCUGAGCACUUGUUGGCUACUUUUCCUUCCCUCUGCGGUCCGACUCAUCCCAAACCAUCUCAAUUUGGUUGAGGUCGGGGGAUUGUGGAGGCCAGGUCAUCUGAUGCAGCACUCCAUCACUCUCCUUCUUGGUAAAAUAGCCCUUACACCGCCUGGAGGUGUGUUGGGUCAUUGUCCUGUUGAAAAACAAACUAUAGUCCCACUAAGCCCAAACCAGAUGGGAUGGCGUAUCGCUGCAGAAUGCUGUGGUAGCCAUGCUGGUUAAGUGUGAAUUCUAAAUAAAUCACAGACAGUGUCACCAGCAAAGCAACCUCACACCAUAACAUCUCCUCCUUCAUGCUUUACAGUGGGAAAUACACAUGCAGAGAUCAUCCAUUCACCCACACCGCGUCUCACAAAGACAAGGCGGUUGGAACCAAAAAUCUCACAUUUGGACUCAAGACCAAAGGACAAAUUUCCUCCGGUCUAAUGUCCAUUGCUCGUGUUUCUUGGCUCAAGCAAGACUCUUCUUCUUAUUGGUGUCCUUUAGUAGUGGUUUCUUUGCAGCAAUUUGACCAUGAAGGCCUGAUUCUCACAGUCUCCUCUGAACAGUUAUUGUUGAGAUGUGUCUGUUACUUGAACUCUGUGAAGCAUUUAUUUGGGCUGCAAUUUCUGAGACUGGUAACUCUAAUGAACUUAUCCUCUGCAGCAGAGGUAACUAUGGGUCUUCCAUUCCUGUGGCAGUCCACAUGAGAGCCAGUUUCAUCAUAGCGCUUGAUGGUUUUUGCGACUGCACUUGGAAGAAACUUUCAAAGUUCUUGAAAUGUUCCGUAUUGACUGACCUUCAUGUCUUAAAAGUAAUGAUGGACUGUCGUUUCUCUUUGCUUAUUUGAGCUGUUCUUGCCGUAAUAUGGACUUGGUCUUUUACCAAAUAGGGCUAUCUUCUGUAUACCACACCUACCUUGUGUCACGUUUGUUCAUGAACGGAUCAGACCAAGGCGCAGCGUGAUAUGCAUACAUGUUUAUUUGACUUAUAAACACAACGACAAAACAAGAAACGAAACGUGAAGUCCAAGGUACACAAACAACAUUCCUAACACGGAACAAGAUCCCACAACCCACUAGUGCCAAUAGGCUGCCUAAGUAUGGUCCCCAAUCAGAGACAACGAGCGACAGCUGCCCCUGAUUGGGAACCACCCCGGCCAACAUAGAAAUACACAUACUAGAAAUUACAACAUAGACAAUCACAACAAAGAAAGUCACACCCUGACUCAACAAAUAAGAGUCCCCAGAGUCAGGGCGUGACACCUUGUCACAACACAACUGAUUGGCUCAAACGCAUUAAGAAGGAAAUAAAUUCCACAAAUUAACUUUUAAGAAGGCACACCUUUUUAAUUGACAAGCAUUCCAGGUGACUACCUCAUGAAGCUGGUUGAGAGAAUGCCAAGAAUGUGCAAAGCUGUCAUCAAGGCGAUUUCUUUAACACUUUUUUGGUUACUACAUCAUUCCAUAUGUGUUAUUUCAUAGUGUUGAUGUCUUCACUAUUAUUCUACAUUGUAGAAAAUAGUAAAAAUAAAGUAAAACCCUUGAAUGAGUAGGUGUGUCCAAACUUUUGACUGGUACUGUAUAUGAUUUAAUUAUUAUUAUAUAAUAGUAAUAAUAAUAUAUAAUGUCUUAUUAUUAUUAUUAUUACUUUUGACCGGUAGUGUAUGUGAGUGUGAUACUAAUGAGAUACUGCAUGACCUUAACCACAGACCCAGGACCAGUUUUGGUUGUUUUGUUUUCCUAAUGGUUAUGGUGAGGGCUGGGGCAAGGACAUCUGAUCUAGAAUCAGUUCCUAAGAGCAGAGAGUGGGGAUGUUUUGUGUUGGGGAUGCGUACUGUUCUGUCCUCAGACCUACCUGGGAAGGGUGAACAAUGACAGGACAGAACCUGAGGCACAACCAGUCUGCAGUUUCUCUCUCUCUCAUGCAUUUUUUCUCUCCCUCUUUCUCUCUUGCUCUCUUUUUAUGUGCUAAUAUAAACUGCUGUUUCUUUUUCUGAUGAAUCUCUGUGGAGUUGAGUUGAUGCAUGUGAUGAUGUAGAAAGUUAAAGUGUGUGUGUGUGUGUGUGCGUGCUAGCGUGCGUGUGUGUGUGUCAAUGUGUGUGUGUGAGAUAGUGUGUGUGUGUGUAUUCUGUUCUAACCCCCUCCCCCCUCUCUCUCUCUCUCUCUCUCAGGGGUGAAGAGGGGAGUAUGUUCUCAGAUCAACCACUUCCCUGAGGAUGCUGACUUUGACCAUGACGGGCCUGAGUAUGUUCUACGUAAGUCAACACCUGAUGGACCUGAGGUGGAGGUGCAGGCUUUUGUUCCAGCCCAGCUCUAAUAUACCUGAUUCAGCUCUAAUAUACCUGAUUCAACUCUAAUAUACCUGAUUCAGCUCUAAUAUACCUGAUUCAUGUAAUUGGGGACUAAAAUUAAAAGGUGUGUUGGGUAGGGCUGGAACAAAACCCAGCACACACUGUUGCCACCCCCAGGACGGGAGCUCCCCAUAACUGAUACACAGCCGUAACUCAUCCACAACUGUAAACCACUUUUUACAGAAGCCUCAGACCACAUAGAGUAGUUAGAUCUCAUUCCUGAAGACCGGAGCAAAAUAAGCUGUGUUUGAAUUAAACAUGUUAGUGUUUGUAUGAAGUCAAGGGAUAAUGUGCUGCCCUAGUUCACGGGUGUUCCCCCGGGCCACGCCUGUGUGGGUGUUCCGUGCCACACUACGUGUGCCUGCCCCACAAGUCAGCAGGAGAAGACUGUGUACUGUUUACCAUAUAGCCUCGGCAUUUGGCUGGCAUUUACUUUGGCAUUUCUGUCUUCUGGCCUAUGUCCUAGAUGGGUGCGUGUGCGUGUGUGUCUGUCCUGGGGGGUAUCAGAGUUGAUGCCUCUUGGGAAAGAGCUGAUACAAUUAUACACUCACUAGCUUGGCCACAUGGUAAUUCAUUUGCUCACACCAGAAUACAGCUGUUUAUUUCUUAUCCUCUCCCUCUCUGAUUCUAUCUGCGACUUUUACCUUUUCUCUUUCCCCUCCCUCUCCCUUUAUCUCUAUCUUCUUCUCUCUCACGUGUUCUCUCUCACUUCCCCUCGCUUUCCCCGUCACUGUCCUGUCACUCUCCCCUGUCCCUCACUGUAGGUAUGGUCAGGGCUUCCAACAUCUUCCCUAUCCUCAGUGCUAUCCUGCUGUUGAUGGGAGGGGUGUGUAUCGGUCUCAGUCGUUUCUAUAAGCACAAGAGGAACAUCGUCCUGGGAGCAGGCAUUCUCUUUGUGGCUGCAGGUACACUAACUAACUCCUGUCAGACCUGUCUGUGUGUCUGUCUGUGUGUCUGUCUGUGUGUCUGUGUGUCUGUCUGUGUGUCUGUCUGUGUGUCUUGUGUGUGUGUCUGUGUGUGUCUGUAUGUAUGUCUGUCUGUCUGUCUAUGUGUCUGUCUGGGUGUCUCUCUGUGUGCCUGUGUGUCUGUGUGCCUGUGUGUCUCUCUGUGUGUCUGUGUGCCUGUGUGUCUCUCUGUCUGUCUGUGUGUCUCUCUGUGUGUCUGUGUGUCUAUGUGUCUCUCUGUGUGUCUGUGUGUCUAUGUGUCUCUCUGUGUGCCUGUGUGUCUCUCUGUGUGUCUGUGUGUCUAUGUGUCUCUCUGUGUGUCUGUGUGUCUCUCUGUGUGUCUCUCUGUGUGUCUGUGUGUCUGUAUGUAUGUCUGUCUGUCUAUGUGUCUGUCUGUGAUUAGUUAUGUGUGUCUGUGUGCCUGUGUGUCUAUGUGUCUCUCUGUGUUUGUGUGUCUCUCUGUGUGUCUCUCUGUGUGUCUGUGUGUCUGUAUGUAUGUCUGUCUGUCUAUGUGUCUGUCUGUGAUUAGUUAUGUGUGUCUGUGUGCCUGUGUGUCUCUCUGUGUGUCUAUGUUAGUCUCUUAGUAUCUAUACAUAUGUUUAUGUUCUGUUGAUGUAAAGUGAUGUCUUUCCUCCUGCUCUCCUGCUCUGGGUAACAUGACAGAGAGAGAGUGUGUGUGUGUAUCCUCACCUGUGUGUGUGUGCGUGUAUAUAUCCUCAUCUGUGUGAGUGCAUGUUUGUGUAUCCUCAUCUAUCCCCUGUCUCCCCCAGGUCUGAGCAACAUCAUCGGUGUGAUCGUGUACAUCUCUGCAGCGCUGGGAGACAUCUCCCCUAAGAAGGACGAGGACAAGAAGUGGCAGUACAGUUACGGCUGGUCCUUCUACUUCGGAGGCCUGUCCUUCAUCAUGGCUGAGAUGGUGGGUGUUCUGGCCGUCAACAUCUACAUAGAAAAGAACAAGGAGCUUCGCUGCCGCUCGCGCACUGACAUCUUCAAGGGGACCACGCACGCCAUGCUCCGCCUACCCAGCUACCGCUUCCGCCGUCGCUCCCGCUCUUCAUCCCGCUCCACCGACCCCUCACGCUCCCGAGACCCCUCGCCGGUGGGGGGAGGUGGGGGGAAGAACUUUGGUCUGCCCCCCUCGGCCAUGCUCUCCCAGGGGCCCAUGUCUGUGUCCACGCUGCCCAACCCUCACUCUCGCUCCCACACCACCCUGGCGGGGGGCGACAUCUCCCUCUACACGCUGUCCCGCGACCCCAAGCUGGCUGGCCUGCCCCCCAUGUACGGCACCGUGGACCGCGCCACCCUCUACCAGCUCCACAACUGCUUCCCCACGGACGGGGGAGGAGGGGGAGGAGGGGGUGGAGGGGGGAGUGAUGAUGAGCGGUACGCUACCCUCUCUGAAAUCCCACAACCCCUCACUGUCCCAGAAUUCGUCCAACUCCAACGCGCCCAUGGGCAACUCGGUGGGCUCGGGGCCCCCACCCUUCUCCUCGUCCACGGUGGAGAGAGAACGAGGGAUGGGAACGCUGGACAGGCUGAAGGGAGAUAGAGAGAGCAACUCCAAUACACUCAACAGGAAGACAACACCCGUGUAG